AUGCUGAUAAUUUUUUUACUUUUUGAUUUCAUAAAUGCGAGAGAGCCAACUGCAGAGGAAAAAUUGCACGAAGAUCUUUUAGAACACUAUUUCAAAGAUGUGAGCCCUUUAAUCGUCCUCCCGAAAAACAAGUCCAUCGAAGAUCGAGAAUACCGCGAAGAAAUCUGUCAAGAAUGGAUUCCGAAAAUCAUGGAAAACUUCCCCGAAAAUGCAAAUCGAGAAGAAUCCCUUGCUCAUGUUUUCUACUGCACCCAUGCGAGCUCCGAUUUCGAAGAAAUAAGAGCUUGCGAUGAGUGGCUCGACUAUAUUUACUUCAAGAAUCCCAGAUCUGCGCCUUAUCACGGAAAAUGCGAAGUCCACGAUGAUGAUUUCUACGAGCGCGUCGGCUAUCUGGAUGGAAAGAAAAAGUCGGCGAUUUCGCCGAACAUGACGAUAGGAGCAUACAUGGACUUGACCUUCACGAUGUACGCGAACUGGUACGACUCGCGACUCAAAUGGGACGAUAAAGAGUACAACGGUGUUUUGUACACAAUCUUCGACCCUUCGAAAAUCUGGACGCCGCCGAUCGAGAUCAUGAAUCUUGUUCAAAUGAUCGACGGAAAGCUCGAAUACGUCUGCGAAGUGCAUCAUGACGGAACUGUCCAUGAAAUCAUCAAAAUGCGCGCUCUCGUCGGAUGCGACGUCCAGCAGAAUUUGUAUCCAUUUGACUCACAAGAAUGCGGCCUUUCUUUUGCCACACCGACAAUGUCCGAUUACAAGCUGUAUUUUCACGUCCACGAGUGGAACAUGCUCAACACUCUUGGAAAUCUUUCCUCGAGCGUUGGAAAUUACGAAGAAGUCCAUCUCAGCGUUCUCAAGGGAUCAUUUUACCAUGACAACGCAGAAUGGGAUCUUCUAGGAUACAAAUAUGCAGCCGAAAAAGUCAUUGGCCAUUUGAAACGAUCCUAUUCCCUCGUCAAUGUCUACUUUCUACUCGAGCGUCACACGGUCUACUAUGAAGUCACCCUGUUCAUUCCCAUCGUUUGCUUGAAUCUUCUGGUCUGCCUUGGUCUCUGGAUGCCGAUUUCUUGCGGCGAAGCGGUUGGUUUCCAGGUCACGAUGCUCCUAGCAGUAGUGCUCUACCUCGACCUUCUUUCACGAACAACGCCGGUUUUCGACUCGAUUGGUCAAAGUCCACGACUGAUGAUUCUCUUUCUUAUUACAACCAUCGCAAGUCUCAUUGCUCAUAUUAUUCUGACAUUUACGAUGUGGAAAUCGUCACGUGACGAAGACACUCUGCAUAACCUUUCGCCUUUCAAAUGCAAGUUUACGAUGAAAAUGGCGAAACUUCUCGAAUGGUUGACGAGACAGACGUACAAGAUUCCAAAAGCGAUCGAACAAAUUAUCGAUUCGCCGCAAAAAGUCGAAAAGAUUGAAAAUGAAGAGUUGGAGAAAGCUUGGCGUUUCUACGCGAAGAUGUCAAGAAUAAGGGUUCUAGAAUUAAAAACACAAUUCUGUAGAAUUUCGGGGAAAACAGAAAUGAACCUUGAAUAG